GUAUAGGAAAUUAAAAUAGUGAGUGUAGCGUAAAUCAUAAGUAACCUAGGAAUUUAACAUGUGUUGAUGAGCAGUCCCGAAUUGGUAGAAAUGGCGAAAGUAAAGAGCAAAAGAAAAUUACGGAAAAUAAAUUAGUUUCGAAGACUGAAGAUAUGCGAAUGGCAAGUUUUCGCUUUAAGCAGGGUUACCAUUCCAGGCAGCGAUUAUAUGGCUUUAAUAUCACGUUCUUAAAACAGCACAAAAUGUUACUAAAAUUAUCUUUAUUUAUGUGAUCUAUAUUUUAUGUAUUAGCAAUUAAUCUGUUUGGAUCAAAUUCUUUUGCAAUAAGCCAUUUUUAUUCGCUGCACCAACAAUGGCAACGGUAACCCUGGCCGCCCAUAUGCGAAUUCGAAUCGAAUAAACGCGAAUGCCAAAGACGAAUGAGGGCAGCGAAUACGUUGCAAUAUAGCUGCAGCCGUGUGUGUAAGCGAGAUGACUAAAGUUGCCAAAAAGUCACUGAAUAAAUGGGUGAGAACGGCAAAACAAUAGCGAUCUACUGUUUUUCAACCAUAGACGGCGCUGCCAAGCACGAACUUUGGCAAACGGACAGACGAAAAUCUUCCAACGAGGCGACUUCGAACAACUUUUGUGAUUACUUUUCCAAUUGAAAAUUUUAGGAAAGAAGCAGGUGUUCAAAAAGUGCAAUUAAAAAAAUUAGGUUUUAAUCUUAACCAAGUGUUGAAAAUUAGUAUCUGAUGAUAACACAGUGUGUGUGAGCUUUUCGUGAUAGGUGCAUCUUGGUCACAUCUGGAGCAGUGAUAAGCAAAAUAUUUGCUCAACAAGCCUGAAAAUAUAUCACGUUUUUCCCAGCUAAAGCGAUAACACAAGCAACAAAAGCAAAACCGAAGAAACACUACACACAAUUAGUUGAUGCUUCAAUACAAUAAACAAAAAAGGGAAAUUAAUAUCCUUAGCAGCCAUUCAGCGUAUGUAAGUGUAGCGUACGUAUUAUUAGCAAAAACUUCAAAGACGAGCUUGCGAAAUACAUUGGAGGAACGUCUUCGGCUACGGAUUAUCAAGCGCAGAGACACUGGACAACGCUCAUCGAUCCUUCUCUGAUCUCCUCACCACACACUGCCACGAUAUCAAGCACAGAUAAUUUAACAUACCGUUCAUUGUUGACGUCCGUCACCAACGCCAUAUGCAGCAUAAACAACAGCAACGGAACUACCAUUUCAGCACGUUUGCGAAUCGUUAAUCCAAACAAAUUCUUCUCCAAGAAGCCAACCAUUAUCUAUUGAAGCAUCGUUAAAUAUAUAACAAGAGCGCGAAACCAUCAUCAAAUACUCAAAUACUUCGGUUUAAAAACAGACAAAAAAAAAACAAAAAUAAUAAUAAUAUAUUUACCACACGCAAUAAGAAUCAUUGAUUUGUAAAAGAAAUGGAACUGCGAGUUGGUAAUAAAUACCGCCUGGGUCGAAAAAUUGGCUCAGGUUCUUUUGGCGAUAUUUACCUAGGCACCACAAUUAACACAGGCGAAGAAGUCGCCAUUAAAUUAGAAUGUAUACGCACGAAACACCCUCAACUGCACAUCGAGUCGAAAUUUUAUAAGACUAUGCAAGGCGGCAUAGGUAUACCGCGCAUCAUCUGGUGUGGCUCUGAAGGUGAUUACAAUGUCAUGGUGAUGGAGUUAUUAGGUCCAUCAUUAGAAGAUCUAUUCAAUUUCUGUUCGCGACGUUUCUCGCUGAAAACAGUGCUAUUACUCGCCGAUCAAAUGAUAUCACGCAUCGAUUACAUACAUUCUCGUGAUUUCAUACAUCGAGACAUAAAACCGGACAACUUCCUCAUGGGUUUGGGCAAAAAGGGCAAUCUAGUUUAUAUAAUUGACUUUGGACUGGCGAAAAAAUUCCGCGAUGCCCGCUCACUGAAACACAUACCCUAUCGGGAAAACAAAAAUCUCACGGGCACUGCACGCUAUGCGUCGAUCAACACACAUUUGGGCAUUGAACAGUCACGUCGCGAUGAUUUGGAAUCGCUCGGUUACGUGUUGAUGUAUUUCAAUUUGGGUGCACUGCCUUGGCAAGGCCUGAAAGCUGCCAACAAACGUCAGAAGUACGAACGCAUCUCAGAAAAGAAACUGUCGACGACAAUAUUGUCGUUGUGCAAAGGCUUUCCAAGCGAAUUUGUCAACUAUUUGAAUUUCUGCCGUCAAAUGCAUUUUGAACAGCGGCCCGAUUACUGCUAUUUAAGAAAACUCUUCCGCAAUUUGUUCCAUCGCCUAGGCUUCACCUAUGACUACGUCUUCGACUGGAAUCUGCUGAAAUUUGGCGGACCACGCAAUCCGCAAGCCAUACAGCAACAACAGGACGGUGGCGGCGAAUGCCAAACAGGACAAGAGGCGUCCGCAUCACAACAACAACAUCAGCACAAUCAGAAGCAAAUUGCUGGUGGUGUCGCUGCCGUAGGCAGUGCACAAAUUAUUAACUCAGGUGGAGGUGGUGGCGCACAAACGUUGGUUAGUAGUAGUGGUGCGAUGGUUGGCGGUGGUGGCACUUCCCAAAUGGUGGUUGGCAGUGGUAAUGGUGGCGGUGGUAUAAAUAUGGACGAUUCGAUGGCGGCCACGAACUCAUCACGUCCCCCAUACGAUACACCAGAACGACGUCCAUCGAUUCGCAUGCGUCCAGGUGGUGGUGGAGGCGGCGGCGGUGUGCAACCGGGCGUUGUCAACGACGUGAGAAACGCAAAAUAAUAUUUUAUUGUUUAGAUUUGAAGUACAUAUAUAAAUAUAUAUAUAUAUGUAUAUACUAUAUAU